AUGGCAGAAAUUGAAUUUAAUCCAAUUCUUAUUUAUAACGAGCUUGUAAAUUUGUGUGUUAAGCCACCAUUAAGUGGUAGAGUGAUUAGCAAUCAUAACUCAGCAAGUGCAGAUGAUUCCAAUAACAACAAUGUAAAUACUAAUGUUGGUGAUGCUCAAUUGGUUCCUUCUCUACGAAUCGAUUCAACUACUUUGUCAAAAGAAGUUAACAAAUUUCGUGCUUGUGAUGGAUCAAAUGGUAAAAGAUCAAAGCAACUAGCAAAAUUAAUUUGUAAAAAUUUAAAUGAAUUUAUUAUUACCCAACUUGAUGAAAAACUUAAAUCAAGUGGAUCAUCGACAACAAACGAAAAAAAUUAUAGUCUUCUUAAUGAAACAGUCGAAAAGAUUUAUGAAUGGAUACUAUUAUCGAAAUUUUUAGAAAUUAAAAAAUCUAAUUUAGAAAUUUCAAGGAAUAAUUUUCAUUUUUUGAAAAAAACCACCAAAAAACCAGCACAAUGCCAUCAUUCCAAGCCUGAUUGGAAAACUCCUUCAGAACUUGAUUCCGACCGAAAGAUUUUCAAUGAUCAUUUGAUAAGAGAAAAAAAUCACGAUAAAGAAUUACUUAAAACCGAUUUAGUUAAAGCGUGGCUGCAUCUUAACAAAAUUUUAACAAGCAUAACACAGUUGGAGACGACUCGUGAUCUGAUACUUGGCAAAGGAUGCGUUGAAAAUUUAUCAAAGUUUAUGAAAGAGCACCGGGAUAAAACAAUUUCUUUCAAUGAACAUUGGACUCCUAUUGCUGAAACAUAUAAAAAGAAUAACAAGUCCAAGAAAUCAAAUAAUAAUAACAAUGCAACUUCAGCUGCAAAUGAUGUUGAAGAUAUAGAUGUAGCGUUUGGUGCUUUCACGAAUAAUUGCAGAAAUGCUAUUUCAUUAUUUAAGAAAUCCUUUAUUGAUAAAGCGUGUGAUAAUGCUGUUCAAUUUGGAGAGGAGGCGCAAGGUAUUUUAUUGGAUUUAAUAACGGAAGCAGAGAAACGAGUAACCGGUGAGGGAGUCUUAGAUUUUCACAGUGAUCUAUUGGAGAAAUGUAAUGAUGCCUUGAAAACGGUCAAAGAUAUAAAAUUGAUGAUAUUAAAAAGAAUCUCAAUUAUGCGAUCGGAGAUUGCCAAAAAAGAGAAUGAACUUAUUCAAGAGAUUGAUGCUUUAGAAAAUGGAUGGGCGAAUGAAUCACAAAAAACGCUGCAAGGACGGCUAGAGAAAGCCAAUAACAAAGAAUUUCGAAAGCGAAUUAAAAAGUUCGAGAAUGCUAUGCAAUCAAAAAGACAAUUUGUGGUAAAUUCAAUAAAUAACCUAUUAUCAGCCAAAGAUUUCACAAGUAUUUGUAUAAGUUGUUUAGAGAUCUUUAUGAUGGAAGGUGAGGUUUUAGAAGCUAUGCAGCUUAGGAUACAUUAUGAAUCUUACGAUGAGAGGCUUAAAAAGUUAUCUUUUCAACGUGAAAUUUUAUUAAAAGAUUAUAGACAGGGUGUUGAUACUGGUAAAAAAGUAUUGGCAGGAUUAAUUGGAAGAACAUUUUUGAAAGAGGCAUCAAGAUUAAUAGAAAGAGAUAUAAAUCAAACACAACAAUCGGUACAAUCAACAGCACCAAAACCUCCUCCACUAGCGAUGACAACACCACCACAAAUAAAACAAUUAUUAUCAACAGCACAGGAAUCAAUGCAAUCAAAUCAUCAAAGACAUGAUAAUUCUUUUAAUGAUUUUAAUUUUGAUGAUUUGGGUAAAUCUGAUUUGGUAUUACUUGUACAAAACUUGAUUAAUGAAAAGUCGCAAUUAGUUACUAUGCUUGUUUCGAUGCAACAAGACGUGAAAUUAAUUACCAAUUAUUCAUCAUUAUUACGUGAUCGUGAUCGUGAACUUCAAGCACUUCAAAUGAUGGAAGCACGUAAACAACUUGAAAUGGAGGAAGCAUUGAAAUAUAUUCAAAGGCUGGAAUUUCGUAUUGCUCAAUUAGAAAAUAACAAUAAUAAUAAAUCAUCGAUUGGCAAGAACAAAUACAAACCUCCACGAAGAAACCCUGCUACAAGCUCAAAGAUUCAAAGUGUCAGAUGUGGAAAUUGUGGUGAACAAGGACAUGUUAGUCAAGAUUGUAAGAUUGGGUGUAGAUAUUGCGGUGAUUUAAGACAUUUAAGCGAAUAUUGUACAACGCUUAUUUCAAGAUUCCAUCAUUCUGCAACUGUUCUUGACAAAACUGUUUAUAUGAUUGGUGGUCUAAGCUCUCUUGGUAAUAAUGACAACAACAACAAUAAUAAUUUGUCACUGGCAAAGAACCUUGUUGCCUUUAACUUUUCUGAACUGAAAGUUAAUGAAAAAAAUUCAAAUUUGUCCGUGACUGGUCACGGGGCCAUUCAUUUGGAUGGCUCAAAGGUUCUAAUAUUUUUUGGUCAGGAAGAAUUAAGUCCAAAAAUAAAAUUAUCAGAUCCAGCAGUAAAAUUAGUUGAUGUUGAAACGGGGACUGUCACAGUACCUGACAACAUUAAAGGUCAAACACCAGUAUCACGUUAUCAUCAUUCAACAACACUUAUUGAUAAUAAGAUCUAUAUAAUUGGUGGGCUGGAUAAAGAUAAUAAUCCUUUGUCAGACAUUGCUUAUUUGGAUUUGUCAUCAAACACUUGGAUUUUAGUAAAUACUCUACAAUUUCCAAUAGCAGGUCAUUCAACAACAGCGAUAGAUCACUAUUUAAUAUCGUGUUUUGGUUUUAGUGGUAGUAAUAAGUUAACUAGUAAUUGCAAUGUUUAUGAUACUUCAAAUAGUUCUUAUUUAUCAAUUCAAAUCAACGGAAGCCCUCCUUCGCCUCGCUCUUAUUCAUCAAUGACCCUUGUUUCAAAUAAUAAUAACAGCAACGAUAAUAGCACUAUAAUAGUAUUUGGGGGUCUAGAUGAAAAUAACCGAGGAAAUAAUGAACUUUAUGCUUUAAAUACUUCAAAACUUCCAGCUUUAUUAUCCUGGACACCAAUAACAAUAAGUUCUAAAAUAAACCCUAAUAGAAAUCUCAUACCGUCACCACGUGGAGGUCAUACCGCUUUCACCAUUAACGACAAACAAAAUAUUGGUAAUAAUGACGUAAUGAUGAUUUGGGGUGGUUACUCUGACAAUAAUUUGGUUGAUUCAGAAAUCUAUUUUUUUGAUGCGAAAUCUAGCUCAUGGAUUGACAUCUCUGAAACUGGAUACCUUGAUAAUAAUGAUGUUUUACCUGAUAGCAACUCCGGUUCUAGAAGUUCUAACGUAGUGUUAAUAAUAGGUGGAAUUGUAAUUGCUGCCACAUUGCUUGUUAUAAUUAUAACAGUAGGACUUUUUUUAAUGCGUAAGAAAAUUAAAUUACAAAUUGACAAGGAUAUUGAAAAUGAUCCUUAUAUACGUCCCGGUGGUAAGCUUGGAAGUAAUUCGGAUUUAAGAGAAUCUACUCCACCUUUGUCACCUUCGAUAACGGAUGAUGAAAAUGAUUCAGAACCCACAGAAAAUCGUCAACUGUCUACUUCUAUUAGUUCAAAUAUUUCCAUGUCCGAUGCAAAAAAUAUGACAAACAUACCUGAUCUUCCUGUUCUUCCUUCUCCAGUCACGCCAAAAGAAACAUUACCUCACAAAAUCAAAAGAACGCAUAAACGUUCAUCGUCAGUUUCUUUAACUGCAUAUGAUAUGGCAAACAUUGCUCGGGCAAAAAAAUUUACAUUUCCAUUGUCACCUCUGCCCGUUGAAAACGUUUCCAAUGUUGUAAAACCAUCAUCAUUGAAUUCCGAUCCAAAUAGAAACACAAAUACUCCAUUUAAAUGGAGAUCGACUGAUGAUGAACAAGAAGUGGUGGAUAAACGAGGCACUUCUUUAAGAAAUUCUAAAUAUAAUGAGUCGGAUUCAUCAAGAAGCGUAUCAUUAGCCAGAAUGUCUGGUAGGUUUUCAUAUCAAAGCAGUUCAUCAAGUAUCUCUACUUCCAAUUCAAUUAUUGAAGAGGAAGAAGAGGAACUCGAUAAUAUUAGGGACAACAACAAUAGCAAUAAAAACAAACAUUCGCCAUCAACUCUCAAAGGUUUACGUUUAUAUGAUGAUCACACAGAUGAAUCUAAAAUAAGUAGAUUAUCUUUUAAUGUAUAUGAUUUCAAAAUAGAUGAUGUACCAAUGCCUGAAAAUUCAUCAACGAUAGCUUCAGCUACUGCUCCCGCUUCAAAAACAACCGAAAUUGCCAGAUAUUCGUGA